GCCAAUCCAGGCCGAUCCGUGUACACGCCCCGCUCGUUCGAGACGGGUGUUUCUGCUGCUGCUUGGCGCUGACAUUUAUUUCCGUGGUGUUUGUUUGGUCUUCCAACGCAGGGCAGCCCGUCAUGACGACCGAUUUCGAAUGGCCGUGGCAGUACAGCUUUCCGCCGUUCUUCACGCUCCAGCCGACGCUGGCGACGAGGGAGAAGCAGCUCGAGGCGUGGAGCAAUCUGAUCCUGAACUACUACAGGGCUCACAAAGCCUACGUACUCGACGUCGCCGAAGCCCUCGCGUCGCCGCUGUUCCACAAUAAGGACAUCUCUCGAAAGCUGUCGGCGGACUCUCUCCAGGAGGUCCUCAAGUACAUGAGUUCUCGAGGCCAGGUCGCCUGGACCGAUAAGCAGCAGACGCGUUGCUACGUGUAUUGGCGAUCGCUCGAGGAGUGGGGAAAGCUGAUCUAUGACUGGGCGGAUGCCACAGGACAUUUGAACGCGGUAUGCACCUUGUACGAGCUCGUGCAGGGAGACAAUACGGCCGACACCGAGUUCGCUGGCCUCGACGUGGACCUGUUGCGGUUAUCCUUGCAAGCAUUAGAAAAGCAAGGAAAGGCCGAGCUGAUAUCUUUCGAUGGCAGCGAAGGCGUCAAGUUCUUUUAAUUGAUCUAUUCUUCGCUCGACGUGAAGUGUCGGCAUGCAAGAGGCAAGACACCGCACGCUUUUCGCCCACCGUGCCAGAGCCUACUUCGUCGCUACUAAUGUGUCGAAAGAGAAGCGAUGUUAUAGCUUGGAAAAACGUUCCGUACUCGUGAGAGCACAAGUUCGUUGAUCCCUAUUUGAAAUGGCUUGUGAAUUUCAUAGCAGCGCGAAGUGCGACACACACAAAGUGCAACACGUCUCGGGUUUAACGACUUUGUCUUGACCGUAAAACAGUGAAACAGUGGUAUGGUUUUCUUGUGUGCGUCGUCAUUGUGCCUAAUAUGCCGCAUGUAAAGUGCUGUAUUGUACGGAUAAAAUGCAAUUUACUGUGCCUCUAUGUAAUACACAAGAUCAUGUAGUGUAUUCACGCCUCUCAUUAUGCACAGUAAUUAAAGGUUUGUCAAUAUUGA